AUGAUCGAGUGCAUUGUGCGAGAAUUAUCCGCCGUGGGCUUAUUCGUCGACAAUGUCCAUGCCGAGUGCGCCCCGGGCCAGUGGGAGUUUGUUCUGCCCCCAGCAGAUCCAGUGCAAGCUGUCGACGAUCUUGCCAAGGCCCGACAUACUAUUACUUGCGUAGCCGAGUCAUUCGGGCUACGCGCGACCCUAAGCCCCCGGCCGCAUACUGGCAAAUCGCCAACGGGCAGUCAUGUCCAUAUGUCACUGAACCCAGUAACACAGGCCACCCAGCCUCUGUCAGAUGCAUUCUUUGCCGGGGUCAUCGCCCACCUUCCGUCUAUACUAGUCUUCUGCAUGUCACAGGUCGCCAGCUACGAACGUGUGGCAGCUGGUUGCCGUGCCUGUGGUGUGUACGCGACGUGGGGCUGGUACAAUAAGGAGACCCCGCUUCGACGCAUGCGGGAUAAUCGAUUUGAGAUCCGAGUGAUGGAUGGCCUUGCCAACCCGUAUUUAGCCCUGAGUUCUAUCUUAGCCGCAGGAAUUUUGGGAAUACAAACCAAGGCCUCAUUAGGCACUGGUGUCGCGAAUGGAAUGGACCCGGCCAAGCUGUCAGCAGACGAACGGGAUGCUACAGGAGCUCAUAAAGUACUUCCUGCGUCACUUGAAGAGAGCCUGGCAGCUUUGGAAUGCGAUCAAGAAUUGAUAGACCUGCUUAAUGAGCAGCUCGUGCGAGUCUAUUUGAUGAUUAAACGAAGGGAAGCAGAUGAUUUCAAAGCCAUGGAUCCAUCGGAACAGAAGAGAUGGUUAAUUUCGGAAUUUUAA